AUGGCAAGUCACGGUAUAGCACGCGGGACAGGUCCUGUUGUGCGUUCUGAGGAGGCUCGACAGAAGGAGCUUGAGCAGAUUGCGCAGUACAAAGAGCUGGCAGAUUCGGUGAAUACAAAGAUUGCCGAGAAGCAAUAUACAAUCGAAGCCCUCGGCCUAGUCACAAAGCUGCUAAACGAGAACCCCGAAUACUACACAAUAUGGAACCACCGCAGACGCGUCUUGAUGACUCUGGUGAGAGCAGAGACACCCGGACAGCCCCCACACGGCUUGCUGCAGGAUGACUUGCAACUCACGUUUGCACUGCUCCGAAAGUUCCCCAAGUGCUACUGGAUAUGGAACCAUCGCAACUGGCUCCUGCGCCAGGGAGAGGCUUUGAUGGGAGUAGAAGCAGCGCACAAGCUCUGGUUAGGAGAGCUGCAACUCAUAAACAAGAUGCUGCAUGCGGACAGUCGGAAUUUUCAUGCUUGGGGCUACAGACGUAUUGUGGUAUCAGAAAUUGAACGCUUGACCGCAGAUUCUGAGCCUACAACUGGGAACCCUCCAAAGAGUCUCGCCGAAUCCGAGUUUGAAUAUACCACCAAGAUGAUCAAGACCAACCUAUCCAACUUUUCCGCUUGGCACAACCGCAGCCAGCUUAUACCCAAAAUCCUCCUUCAACGUAACGCAGAUUCCAAAGCACGUCGUGCCUUCCUCGAUUCAGAGCUGUCUUUGAUAUGUGAAGCCAUCAACACCGACCCGUUCGACCAAUCCAUAUGGUUUUACCACCAGUACCUCCUCUCAGUUUUGUCUCCUUCGUGUCCAACAAACCACCUGGUUGUCCAAGAUUUGACUAAUGGCGAGCGGCAAAAGUACUACGAGAAUGAGAUGGAAUAUAUACGGGAGAUCUUGGAGGACGAGGCGGAUUGCAAAUGGAUAUACGAGGCGCUCCUUGGGCUUGCAGAGGCAUACCUAGAAGUCGAUGUUGGCACAGGGACGUUUACGACAAAGGACAUGAAGUCAUGGCUAGGCGAGCUGAAGCGACUGGAUCCGUUGCGGCGAGGAAGGUGGGAUGACUUGGAGAGAAGAUUGAAUCUCUGA